AUGAAGCUAGUGAUGUGCUUGUGCAUCUUCAUCGUUCUCGUCAUCACCUCCUCGCCUAUCGCGGUCUCCGGCGACCGUCCGCUGAUGCUGGGCCGACGGUGCCUGCAGGACACCGUGGUCAUCGGCGGCGGCCCAACCCCGACAGGGGCGAGCACCACAGGGACGUUGCCGCGUGACGCGGCGCCGGACAUAUCUGUUGAUAGGUCGAAGAGGCUCAGCCCCGGGGGAUCUAACCCCCAGCAUCACUGA